GGGUGGUGCGCAGCGCCUAUUACGGUCGUCCUCACCGUCACCGCCGGCGCCUCUUCCUGGAUUCAUUCAUUCGAUUUUUUUCAUUCACGAAGGUAGUGAGGCCUGGUUGAAAGCCAUGGAGAGCGUUUUGCCUGCCACCGGUUUCCUGUACUGGGUGGGCGCGGGCACCGUGGCCUACCUGGCCCUGCGUAUCUCGUGCUUGCUCUUCACGGCCGUUCGGGUCUGGGGUUUGGGUAACGAGUCGAUGGUCGGACCGAGGCUCGGUGAAUGGGCAGUUGUCACAGGUAGUACUGAUGGAAUUGGAAAAUCGUAUGCAGAAGAAUUAGCAAAGCGUGGAAUGAAAAUUGUUCUUAUCAGCAGAUCACAGGACAAACUGAACCAAGUUUCCAGUGAGAUAAUUCCCCAACCAGGAUGGAACCUGCACCCCCUGCAGUGGAAGUAGAGUCUUCACCACUGGACCACCAGGGAAGUCCCUGACUUCAUUGUCUUUAAAUGUAUGUCAUACAUGACUGAGGAAAAAUGCAAAAGGACAGCAUAUAUACAUGUGAGAGAGAAACUACUUUGGACUUUUUUCUUAGACAGCUGUGCUUGAGACCUGAAUUAUAAUAUGGCAAAAACUCUUUUCAACUGACAUCUCGUUAACCAACCAGAUGGUUAAACCAGUGCUGUGCGUUUCCUGGGUAAAACGUGUUAACUAGGUUCCUCCUACGCUGUUUGUGGCUCGUGGGCUUCUCAGUAUGAUGCUUGUGUACUUUUAUUCCUGUGGUCUAAUGGUUUACCUGUUAGCAGUCAGCUUUAUUUGUUUUCAGACUUACUUACGCCAGGUGCAUUUGUUACUAAGCAUUCUGUACACUGAUGAAUUACUAGUGUAAAAGGGAGAAUACGAUAACUAAGUUGAAUGCUCUGAAAAAAAGUGAGAAAAGCAAGUACUUUUAGAAAUUGGCUGUCAACUUAGGGGAAAACAAGAAAAAUGCAAAGUAUUGGGGAAAAAACGGUUUGGACUGUUUCAUAUGUUGAAGUUUUUGCCGCAUUUUAUAAGAACUGAAACUGCAAUUACAGAUAAUGCGUUAUGGGUGUGGGGGUGUUGUAUAUUUAAGACUGGAAUUUCAGACAGCAGAUCCAAAUUCAGAUAAAGACUUGGUCCCCUACACAGAGGAUUGGUGAAUGAAUUAUACUUACUCAUGGUGUCAGUUUAAAUGGUUAUAAUGUGUGCUUAUCAUUUUCUAGAA